AUAAGACGAGAUGAGUUCGACUCCUGUUCACCCUUUUGUUGGUACUAGAGGACGGUUGAUUUUAUUGAUUUUCUUUGUUGAUGCGUCUGAAUCGCGAAAGAGAAAAUGUAAAAGACCGCAGAACAGAAAAAGAAGAAACUGGAGGAAGAGUUGAGUCUCAACCUCUUCGUCGCCGUGAGGUAUCCACAGGAGUCCCGUCUGACAUAUUGGUCAUAAGAGGAAUCCUUGUUGGGCUGCCUGUGUGUUUCAUAAAAAAAGAUCAAAAUGGCGGACGAGUCGCUUGGUGAGAAGGAAGUGAUUUUGGGAGAUAAAAUGGGAGAUAAGAGUCGAGGGAAAAUAAUGCCAGAGAAGAAACAUUUAAAGCAACCUUUGAAUCAAAGCCAAGAUUUCAUCUGCAAGCAUGAAAUGAAAGUUGAACCAAAACUAUUUGAUUUGAAAAAGAUUGCAGAGGAAGUAUCAAAAGCACUGAAUUUAUCUGAGAAAGCAUACAAAUGUGAUGAAUGCGGUAAGUGCUUUACCCGGCGUGCAUACCUUAGGGCACACGCCAUUAUUCACUCGGGACAAAAUCCAUACAAGUGUAAUGAAUGUGGCAAGUGCUAUAACCUAUCAAGUUCCCUGAAGAGACACCUAAGGACUCACUCAGAACAGAAUCCAUACAAAUGUGAUGUAUGUGGCAAGUGCUUUACCUAUUCUGGAGCCCUGAAAACACAUCUAAGGAUACACACAGGACAGAAACCAUACGAAUGUCAUGAAUGUGGCAAGUGCUUUACCCAUUCUGGAGCCCUGAAUUCACACCUAAGGAUUCACUCAGGACAGAAACCAUACAAAUGUGAUGAAUGUGGCAAGUGCUUUAGACAAUCAGGAGUCCUGACAACACAUCUAAGGAUUCACUCAGGACAGAAACCAUACAAAUGUCAUGAAUGUGGCAAGUGCUUUACCCAUUCUGGAGCCCUGAAUUCACACCUAAGGAUUCACACAGGACAGAAACCAUACAAAUGUGAUGAAUGUGACAAGUGCUUUUCUGAAGCUGGAAGCUUGAGGAAACACGUACUGAUUCACUCAGGACAUAAACCAUACAAAUGUGAUGAAUGUGGCAAGUGCUUUAACCAAUUUGGAAACUUAAAAACACACCUGAAGGCACACCUAAUAAUGCACUCAGGACAAAAACCAUACAAAUGUGAUGUGUGUGAUAAGGGCUUUACCCGACAUGCAGGACUGAAGUCACACCUAAGGAUUCACUCAGGACAGAAACCAUACAAAUGUGAUGAAUGUGGCAAGUGCUUUAACCAAUCUGGGACCUUGAAGACGCACCUAAUGAUUCACUCAGGACAGAAACCAUACAAAUGUGAUGAAUGUGGCAAGUGCUUUACCGUAAAAUCAAACCUGAAGACACACCUGAUGAUUCACUCAGGAAGGAAACCAUACAAAUGUUAUGAAUGUGGCAAGUGCUUUUCCAGACAUAGGUACCUGAAGACGCACCUAAUGAUUCACUCAGGACAGAAACCAUACAAAUGUGAUGAGUGUGGCAAGUGCUUUACCCGAUCUGGAUCCUUGAAAACACAUGUAAAAACACAUGCAUAACUACAAAGGUACCCCAAGCUUACUGUGUGUAUGAAUAAAUUAUAAUGGUUCACGUUUAGUUGUGUGUGUCAUGGUUUACAGUAAACGUAUGGGCUUGAAAUAAGCUUUACUACGAAAUAAAGUCGUAAAACUCUCAAAAAUAUUUUGACCUGACAGAGGAGUCAGGUCUGGGUGAAGUUUUAAGCCAUUUGGGCCGGUAUUUCGAGAGUUACGUUGUUCUAUUUCCCCUUGUACAUACAUUUCACUCUCUUAUUUACACAGUGAGCUUGGGUUACCUGUAAUAACUAAUGAUUUACUAAGAAUGGUCAAUACACAGGCUUCAGAUCUUUUUAAUGUUGCAAGGGAUUUUACCGAUCUUGUAGCCUUUGUGUGUGUCAUUAUAGAGGUAUAAAACACAACAAAUGA